UGAAUUAUAAAAAACUCAAGUUACGAAAAUAUCCUCACUCAAUUAAAAUAUUAGGAUAUUUACCUUCCAACUUAUAUUGUUUUGUGCGACGUCAUCUCAACAUACGGUUUCUCUCCGCCGCGGCCGUUCAUUGCUUCGACAUUCUGCCACCUCCGCCGCCGCCGAGCUUAUCGUAUUUUGGAUGUAUUUGUGAUGUUGGAACAUGUCAGAAGACUAACAGCCUUAACACCAACCAUAAACCUCUCCAUCUUAGAGACCAACUUACAAAGAUGCCAAUGGGUGAACCAAUUCAAGCAGAUUCUGUCUCAAAUGAUCCUCACUGGCUUCAUCACAGACACCUAUGCAGCAAGCAGGCUCAUCAACUUCUCCACUCACUCCAACUUCAUUCCUUUCCAUUACUCCCUCAAAAUAUUCAACCACCUUCACAACCCCAACACCUUUAUUUGGAACACUAUCAUGCGUUCCCACUUAGAGCUUCACAAUUCACCUCAUCAAGCUAUUAAUUUGUACAAGCUCUUUCUCUUUCAAAACACUCCGCCUGAUCAUUACACAUACCCGAUUCUCCUCCGGUCGUGUGCCGCUCGGGUGUCGGAGCAUGAAGGAAAGCAAAUUCAUGGCCAUGUUGUUAAGUUUGGUUUUGAUUUGGAUGUUUAUGUUAGGAACACGUUGAUUAAUUUGUAUGCUGUUUGUGGGAACAUGGUGAGUGCGCGUCAGGUGUUUGAGGAAAGUCUUGUGUUGGAUAUGGUUUCAUGGAAUACUCUUUUGGCGGGUUAUGUUAAUGUGGGUGAUGUUGGCGAAGCGGAAUUUCUGUAUGACAGGAUGCCGGAGAGGAAUACUAUUGCUUCUAACUCCAUGAUUGUGUUGUUUGGAAGAAAGGGUUUUGUUGAGAAGGCGCAUAGGCUUUUUGAUCGGAUUGAAGUAAAGGAUAUGGUUUCUUGGAGUGCGAUGAUUUCUUGUUUUGAACAGAAUGGGAUGUGCGAGGAGGCGUUGGUUUUGUUUGCGAAUAUGAAUGCUUGUGGGGUCAUGGUGGAUGAGGUGGUUGUGGUUAGUGCUAUCGCUGCUUGUACGAGCCUAUCGGUUGUCCGGAUGGGGAGGUUGGUGCAUGGUUUGGCAACCAAAGUAGGGAUUCAAGAUUAUGUUAGCCUUCAGAAUGCAUUGAUACAUUUGUACUCAAGCUGCGGGGAGAUAUUGGAUGCUAAGAAACUUUUCAAAGGUGGUGUCUUGUUGGAUUUGGUGUCUUGGAACUCAAUGAUUUCUGGGUAUUUGAUGUGCGGUUUAAUUGAGGAUGCUAAGACAUUGUUUGAUUCCAUGGUUGAGAAAGAUGUUGUGUCUUGGAGUACUAUGAUAUCGGGUUAUGCUCAACAUGGAUAUUUCACAGAGGCUGUGGCUUUGUUUCAGGAAAUGCAGACUCUUGGAAUUAGGCCGGAUGAGACUGCUUUAGUGAGUGUCAUCUCAGCCUGCACCCAUAUGGCUGCUUUGGACUUGGGAAAAUGGAUUCAUGCAUAUAUAAGUAAAAACAAAUUUCAAGUUAAUGUCAUUCUGGGUACGACACUUAUAGAUAUGUAUAUGAAAUGCGGAUGUGUUGAAAAUGCAUUAGAGGUUUUUUAUGCUAUGGAGGAAAAGGGAGUUUCUACCUGGAAUGCUCUCAUUCUUGGGUUGGCAAUGAAUGGUUUGGUAGAGAAGUCACUUAACAUGUUUGAAGAUAUGAAAAAAACCAAGACACUUCCUAAUGAGAUAACAUUUAUGGGAGUUCUUGGGGCAUGUCGACACAUGGGCCUAGUGGAUGAGGGGCGCCGCUACUUUAGUUCAAUGACCCAAGAGCACAAUAUAGAACCAAAUGUUAAACAUUAUGGAUGUGUGGUUGAUCUUUUAGGACGUGCAGGUUUGCUUAAAGAAGCAGAGGAACUGAUUGAGAAUAUGCCAAUGGCACCUGAUGUUGCUACUUGGGGUGCUUUGCUAGGGGCUUGUAGAAAGCAUCUUAAUAAUGAAAUGGGAGAGAGGUUGGGAAGGAAACUCAUCCAGCUUCAGCCAGACCAUGACGGUUUCCAUGUGUUAUUGUCAAAUAUAUAUGCUUCAAAAGGAAAUUGGGGCGAUGUUCUUGAAAUUAGGGGAAAUAUGGCACACCAUGGGGUGGUGAAGAUACCUGGUUGUAGCGUGAUUGAAGCAAAUGGAAUAGUUCAUGAAUUCCUAGCGGGAGAUAAGACACAUCCUCAAAUAAAUGAUAUUGAGCAUAUGUUAGAUGUAGUGGCUGCAAAGCUAAAAAUUGAGGGCUAUACACCAAUCACAAGUGAGGUUUCAUUGGACAUAGAUGAAGAGGAGAAGGGAACUGCUCUUUUCAGCCAUAGUGAGAAGCUUGCUGUUGCCUUUGGACUAAUCACUAUACCCCCACCUGCUCCUAUCAGAAUAAUAAAGAAUUUGCGCAUAUGUAAUGAUUGUCAUACUGUUGUAAAGCUAAUCUCUAAAGCAUUUGAUCGUGAAAUUGUCAUAAGGGAUCGUCAUCGCUUUCAUCACUUUAAGCAUGGAUCUUGUUCCUGCUUGGAUUUUUGGUAGCGAAAGCUGCAAAACAGUAUGUACAAUUAAUGUGAAUGGACCCUUGCUAUGCUUAAGGAAAAUACUCUGAAAUCAAAAUCUUUACAACGUUCUGGACUCAAUUAUAGAAGCAUGUAGCAUCGACGAUCUUGUUAGAUUUGGUCAGUGUCAUUGAUGUUGAAUCAAAUUAUUUUUCAUUCUUAUACCGCAAGUUGUUUCCAAAAGCUUCUGUUGGUAUAGAAUGAGGGCAGCAGCUCAUGAUAUACUUCACAAGAUACCAAAUGCUGCAAGUAUUCUGAAUCAGGAGCACGGUGAUGAUCAUCAAAUACAUUGCUCUAGAGAUAGAAGUAGAAUAGCUUGGAAGAUCAUUCUAGUGGUAUUCAACCAUAUCCAAAUAUAAAAAGGUCUUUGACACCAUAUGUGGAAAAUGAAAAAUAUAACAUCUCAAGAAGGUGUGGGCUUCACCCUGACAACGAUAUAUACAGAGAUCGGGAACAGCAUAAAUCUCAUAUAGCUACAAAUGAAUGGCAGUGUGGAUACGGUAAGAGAACUUUCUACGAAGAGAAACAUAUUGAUCAGCAUUUUGACAACGGACACUCCAAUUUACUUAAUUUGCUUUUCGUCAUGGCAUUAUAGCAAUGACACUGUUUUUUCAUACUGAGACGCACCACAAUAAUCAGGAUGAUGCGGGUGUUUGUGCUGGUGCUUUAUUUUUCACACUUUUUAUGACAAUUAUGCUUAAUGGAAUGUCAGAGGAAAGAUUAGUACUUUUGAAGGGUGUUAAUGGUGCAUUUAAACCUGGUAUUCUCACAGCUUUGAUGGGUGAAAGUGGAACCGGAAAGACAUUUUUGAUGGAUGUUCUGGCUGGUAGGAAAACAGGUGGAUAUAUUGAUGGAGACAUCAAGGUUUCUGGUAAGCCGAAAAUGCAGGAAUCAUUUGCUAGAAUCUCCGGCUACUGUGAGCAGAAUGAUAUCCAUUCACCUCAUGUAGCAGUUUGUGAGUCCCUGCUUUACUCAGCAUGGCUUCGUUUACCUUCAGGAGUUAAUUCCAAGACCAGAAAGAAAUGGUUGCAGAUGUUUAUUGAUGAAGUGAUGGACCUCGUGAAGCUGAACUUGUUGAGUAACAAACAACUCAUAUAAGAAGUUGGCCAGCCUGCUCCUGGUUCAAAUGAUCUUCGUUUCCCUACUCAAUUAUUGCAGUCUUUCCUGGUCCAAUGCCAGGCCUGCUUAUGGAAACUACGUUGGUCAUAUUGGCGUAAUCCACCAUACACUGCUGUGAGGUUUUUCUUCACUGCAUUCAUAGCCUUGAUGUUUGGAAGAAUGUGUUGGAACCUUGGCGGAAAACACACAAGUAGACAAGACCUGUUGAAUGCUGUGGGUUCAAUGUAUAUUGCUGUUCUCUUGGAGUACAAAAUUCUUCUUCUGUGCAGCCAGUGGUUGCGGUUGAAAGAACUGUAUUUUAUAGAGAAAAAAACUGCUGGGAUGUAUUCUGCCUUACCCUAUGCAAUUUCACAGAUUUUGCUAGAGCUACCUUAUGUCUUUGCUCAAGCUGUGGUAUAUGGAGUUAGUCUAUGCCAUGAUCGGAUUUGACUAGACCGCAUAUAAAUUCUUUUGGUAUCUAUUCUUUAUGUACUUUACUUUACAUUACAUUGCUCUACUUUACCUUCUAUGGUACAAUGGCUGUGACAGUGACACCAAAACACCAUGUUGCUUCUAUCGUGGCUGCUGCAUUUUAUGCAACUUGGAACCUCUUUUCAGAAUUCGCUAUCUCGAGACCUGUGAGUACUAACAUUCAGAAAGACUGUUUCAUUGAACCAUCUACGGAUUGGUUGCAUCUCAAUUUGGAGAUAUAAGUUAUAAUCAUAUAAACUACUCGUAUGACGACUAAAGGAGGAAAGGAUGUGAAAACUUUCAUUGAUUAUUUUGGUAUCAAACGCGGCUUCAUAAGAGAGUCCGUGGUCCAUACUACUGAUGUAAGUAUGAAUCAGAAUGCAUUUAACAUGAAUAAAAGUAGUUAUGUAAUUUGCAAAGUAUACUCUUCACAUCCAUUAAACACUUUCGAUGAAGCAUUUCAUCAAACACCUUGGAUUUAUUCCUAUCCAUUAAUCAAAUUUGUUAAGGUUUGAUUGCAUUAUUGAACAACAAAAUUGAGUUUGCAUUAUUAUUGCCAACAAUAUUGGGUUUUUGGAGAAUGAUGGGGAAGGUGAAAG